AUGCCAGAUACUAUUUCCAAUGCCUCUAAGCUGACCAUUCUAGCAUUGACAGAAAACAAUUUCAAAGGAGUUUUACCAAGCACACUUGGGGAUUUAAGAUACUUGAAAAAACUUGGAAUAGAGGGUAAUAGUUUCACCACAUCAGAUGCUUCCAAUUCUAAAACCAACUUGAUUACCUCAUUGACUAAUUGUAGACAUUUGGAAUUUUUGUUCCUCUCAGCAAAUCCAUUUUUUAUAAAACUUCCCAAGUCCAUUGGAAACUUUUCUGAUUCUCUACAGGAGUUGGACAUUGUUUCUUGUGGUAUCAAUGGUAACAUACCAUCAGAAAUAGGGAAUCUUACUAAUUUGAUUAAACUAUCUUUGGAUGAAAAUGUUUUGAAUGGACCAAUCCCAAUAACAAUUAGCAACUUACAAGCUCUGCAGUAUUUGAGUCUCGAAGGCAAUGACUUGCAUGGCUUAAUUGUUCAUGACCUUUGUGAAAUCAAACCACUUGGUUAUUUACAUCUAAGCCGAAACAAGUUUUCUGGAGCAAUGACACCUUGUUUAGGAAAUCUUUCUUCUUUAAGAGAACUUCACUUGGGCUCAAAUAAGAUGGCUUUAGAGAUACCAUCAUCCUUUUGGAAUUUGAAAGACAUACUGGAAGUAAACUUGUCUUCCAACCAUUUUGUUGGGAAUCUUUCAUCAAGGGUUGAGAACUUAAAAGCUCUUUCUUUAUUAGAUUUAUCUCAAAAUCAUAUUUCAAGCAGCAUUCCAACAACUAUGGGCAGUUUGCAAAAUCUGCAAAUUCUCUCUCUUGCACAUAACAAAUUGGAAGGAUCUAUUCCUAGAUCACUUGGGAAUUUGCUAAAUUUAGAAAAUUUAGACCUUUCCCAAAAUAAUUUGUCUGGGAAGAUUCCUAAAUCUUUGGAGUUACUUAUUGAUCUUAAGUAUGUCAAUCUCUCUUUUAACAAACUCCAAGGAGAGAUUCCAGAUAGAGGUGUUUUUAAAAAUUUGACUCCUGAAUCUUUUAUGAUGAAUCUAGCUCUCUGUGGUCUGCCACAACUCCAAGUGCCUCCAUGCAAAAAAGAAACAGGAGAAAGAUCAAUGACAAAAUUUCUUUUAUUGAAAUGCAUACUACCCAUAGUUGUGUCAAUAAUUUUGGUUGUUUUAGGCAUUAUCCUUUUAAGGCUUAAACGAAAAAAUUCAAGGUGUCUAGCUGAAAGGGAUUUAUCAACUUUAGGAAUGCCAAGAAGGAUUUCUUAUUUUGAAAUCCUAGAAGCAACCAAUGGAUUUGAUGAGAGCAACAUACUUGGAAGAGGUAGUUAUGGUACUGUUUUCAAAGGAAAGCUUUCUAGUGGAAUGGUUGUUGCAGUUAAGAUAUUCAAUUUUGAUUCGCAAGUAAUGGUAGCAAGCUUUGAAAAAGAAUGUGACAUACUGCGUAAUGUGCGCCAUCGCAAUCUAGUGAAGGUUAUAAGUUGUUGUUCUAAUGUUGAUUUCAAAUCUUUAGUAAUGGAGUUCAUGCCCAAUGGGAGCCUUGAAAAAUGGUUAUAUUCUCACAACUAUUUUUUAGGUUUUCUUCAAAGGUUGGAUAUAAUGAUAAAUGUAGCAUUUGCUUUGGAGUAUCUCCAUCAUGGCUUGCUAGCACCAAUUAUCCACUGCGAUUUAAAGCCAAGUAACAUUUUAUUGGAUGAUGAAAUGAUUGCUCAUGUGAGCGACUUUGGAAUUUCCAAACUUUUAAAUGAAGGGGAAUCUAAAACAUACACAGAGACUAUACAUACAAUUGGCUAUAUGGCACCUGAGUAUGGAUCUUCUGGAGUUGUUUCAACAAAAAUAGAUGUGUAUAGCUAUGGAAUUAUGCUAUUGGAGGUGUUUACAAGAAAAAGGCCCACAGAAGAUAUAUUUGUCUCUGCAUUGAGCUUGAAGAGCUGGGUAAGUGAGUCAAUGCCACAUGCAAUAAUUCAAGUCAUGGAUUCCAAUUUAUUGCAAGGAGUUCAUGAACAUCAUAUAAACAAUAUAUUGACAUCUACAUUCUCCAUUCUUGAAUUGGCCUUAAAUUGUUGCACCGAUCUUCCAGAAGCACGUGGCAAUAUGAUUGAUGUUGCAGCAUCAUUGAACAAGAUCAAGGCCAUGUUUUUGCAUAAGCGCCAUGUUUAA